AUGUUUUGGCGUUUCGGAGGACAUGCAAGUAUCUCCACCGUGGAUACCCUGCUGGAUAAGCCCGAUGUCAGCCUGGAGGAACUCCUGGACGAGUCGGAGCUGAUUCAGGAGCUAAAGCAACAUAAUACGAAGCUCAUAGAAUAUUUACGCGAUGAUAAUGUCUUGAAACGGCUUAUGGACUAUGUGAUCGCCCCUGCCUUAGUGAACGAGGACGAAGACGACGAGGACAAUGAGAAGAACGACAGCACCGGUGACGAUAAAGCCGAACAGAACAACAAGGAUGCCUCCACCGAGGAGAAAGAUCAUGGGGAUUCGCUCAAGGACAUGCUGGGCCCUGAAGACCUGGACAGGGCGGAAAAGGAUCGUCUCCGGCGUGCCUGCAUUGCGUGCGAGAUCCUCUCAUCCGAAGUGUGGUCCAUCGUUGACUCCAUCAUGCUCAACACCGACCACUUGCGAGACUUUUGGGACUUCCUCCGAAGGCCGCCACCUCUGGACUCGGUCCAGGCUAGUUAUUUCACCAAAGUGAAUGAGACGCUAUUCGAUAAAAAGACGAGUGAGAUGCUGGACUUCUUCAAGUCUGUGGAUGAGGUCAUCCCGGCAAUCCUCCAACAUGUCGAUAACCCCAUGGUUAUGGACCUGCUGCUGAAAAUAAUCAGUCUGGAAAAGGUAGAGGGAGGUCAGGGAAUUGUUGAUUGGUUAAAAUCGCAAGACCUGAUUCCGACUCUGCUAUCAUUCUUAUCGCCUGACUGGCCUGCUUCUGUGCAGACUUCUGCAGGCGAUUUCUUGAAGGCCAUCAUUACGAUAUCUGCAAAUGCCACUCAGAACGAUCAGUCGUGCAUUGGACCCAACAGUCUAACGCGCCAAUUGGUCUCCAAGCCAUGUGUGGAAAGCCUCAUCAAAUCCAUGUUGAAGGGUGGGAACCCCUUGACCGUCGGCGUGGGGAUCGUGAUCGAAGUGAUUCGCAAGAACAACUCCGACUAUGACCCGGAGACUUUGAAUGGCCCCGACUCCAUGCCCACCACAUACGAUCCCAUCUACCUGGGCAAUUUGCUGCGACUAUUCGCCAAACAUAUACCCGAUUUUAUGGCCCUAAUCCAGAGCUCCAAACAUACCAUCAGCGAGGGAGGCACGGUAAAGUGCGUCGAAAGGGGCCAGCUCAACUCCGCUUGGGGCGGCAAGAUCGAGCCCCUCGGUUUCGACCGAUUCAAGACAUGUGAGUUGAUGGCAGAGUUGCUGCACUGCAGUAACAUGGGCCUUCUCAACGAGCCUGGAAGCGAUGAUUAUGUACAACAACGCGACGCUGAACGCGAAAGACUGGUGCGUGAAGGGGUCUUCGACCAUCAUAGGGAUGAGUCUUCGGCUUUCGAUGGAAACGACUCGACUGUGGAUCUCGUAAAUGGCUCAGUACUCGCUCCUGAGUCUCCGGAAGACUCCAGGACCACUGAACCUGUGAAUACCGGUGAGGAUAGCUUUGAAGACGUUCACUCAUCGGGGGUGCUCGUCGACAAGGAGAAGGACGACUCGGAUGAGACCCAGACGCCUUCUCAGCACACCGCGGCUCCACAAUCUCAAGACACUUCGGAAGAGUCGCCAACGGAACAGGCUGAGGAGGUCCCCCAUGGUGAAAAGGAAGAAUCGACGGAGACGAGUAGCUCAGCUGAAGCGCACACGCCGCCCUCCGAUCCGUUGUCGCCGACGGGUCUCACGCAUCGAAUCGGUGAGGUGUCUCUCAAUUCAACUGAAACUCCAAAGGAGACUGAACCGUCCGCUCCGAUGUCUUCCCAUCCAGAGGCGGUCCCUGCACCUCUCUUCGCCGCAAAGCAGUCGGGCCAAGAGUCCAGCGCCCCGACUUCAGGCGCUGCUGGAGAAGCCAACGCUGCAUCUGAUUCCAGCGGUUCAGGUGUCGAAGAGUUGCCUACACCAGAGGAAACCAAGGCCUUCCAACAAAUGCAUCCGGAUAUUCAGUACGACCCAAACGGUCAGCCUGUUGUAGGUGAUUAUUUGAAGCUUAUGUUUGUCGAAAAUCGGGUCGUCCCCACUAUCCUGGAUUUCUUCUUCCGCUUCCCGUGGAAUAACUUCCUCCACAAUGUUGUGUAUGAUGUUGUCCAGCAGGUCUUCAAUGGACCGAUGGAACGCGGAUUCAACCGUGCAUUGGCCGUCGACCUUUUCGAAACUGGUCGGAUAACGCAGGAGGUCGUUGCGGGGCAAAAGCGUAGCGAUGAGACGCAGCGGACAAAACGAAUUCGCCUUGGUUACAUGGGACACCUGACCCUUAUCGCGGAAGAAGUCGUCAAGUUCAGUGAACGCCACCCGCCUGAGCUACUCUCUCAGACCGUCAUGGACAGCGUGUUGAACCCUGAAUGGAUUGACUACGUUGAACAAACCCUUUCGGAAACCAGGGAGCGCGACAACGCGAUCCUGGGUGGAGUGCGCCCCGACAUGUCCAUUGGGCACCGCCAAGGCAUGCUGAGCUCCGGUCAGAGUAUGAAUACCUCAUCAGCAUUGGCUGAGGCAGGAUUGAACGGUGCAGCUGGAGGAUCUGGCUUCCAAGGCUUUGAUAUGAUGAACCAAGGCAGCGUCUCCGGCGGAGCUUUCGGUUUCAGUGGCGGCGGCAGCUCUCUACUCAGCGGCUUUGCAAGCUCCAGUGACGACGAAGACGAAGAAAUGGAAGACCAGGAAGACAGAAACACCGGUGAACAAUCCGCUGAAGGCGGCUCUGACGAUGCGUCUUCAAGCUCUACAAGCCAACCUAUUCCUAUCCUGCCCCCGCCACCUGCUCCCUUGAGUCUCGGACCGUCACGGGCACGGCGACAGCUGGCUGCCCGACUUGCUAUGCAGAAGCAGCAAGCGGCCGAGAAUGCAGAGAAUAGCGAAGAACGAGGUGAAGACGGCAACCAGGAAACGGCUCACGACAACAGUAAUUCCCAGUGGCCUAGUAAUCCGUUUGUGAUCGCAGGCCUGGAGGACGACGGUGAUGGGUCAGGCUCUCCUGCCCGAGCGGCCUUCCCGUCAACCGACUUCAACACUGGGCACAAGAACGAACCUUUGUCGUCUCCUACAUUCCCGGAAUCAGGGUUUAGCCCGCCAGAUUCGUUUUCUAAUUCUGAUGAAGGCGGAGACGGCCGGAUGGAGGGUCAGCGACGGACUGAGCGUGUUCCCCUUGAGAUUGACGAAGACGAGGACGAUAUGGGCGAGAUGGUCGGCCCUUCUCUCGGGUCAGGGAUGAUGGACUCGGAUGACGAGGAUGAGGCCAUCAUGAACGAGUCUUUGGGCUACCCAGACCUGGGACCUGGACGAUACAAGAGCUUCCGGCAGUCCCGCAUUGGAGGAUCGCCCUUUGGAGACGACGACCAGAACGACAGCAGUGACGGCGAGGACGACGGGCUAGUCGAAAUCUUGGUUCCCGGAAGGAAGUCUUGA